AUGUCUUAUGAAGAAUCAUUCAGUGAAGAUGAAGAAGACUGGCUUGAUUUAGAUUUGGGUCAGCCAGCAGCCAUCAAAAGCCAGACCUUAUUUGAAGAGCGACCGCUUGACCUGAAUACGGAAAAGAAUAUACACAUAGACGAAAAUGUGGCUCAACAGAAGAAGCCGGCGAAAAAAAUCACUUUAAAGAUUACAGCAGCCGACCGAAAAAUCCGUCUGCAAAUUCAUCAAAUGCACCUACUCUGUCUUACCUACCAUCUGUGUAUUCGGAAUUCAUGGUGCAAUGAUAAGAUUUUAAAAAAUCUUGCCAGGCUUGUACCACCAGGCGUAAAAGCGUCUCUACACUGCUCAUCCCAGAAAUCUCAAAUGAUCCGAAACAAAAGCUUUCUCCAGGCUUUAGUUGUGCUAACUGAAAUUUGGAAGCGUCAGUUUAAACUUAUCAGGAAUGGGCUACGAAAACCUUGGUACGGGGCUUUGCAAAAUGAUACGUUGAGUUAUGAACCUGUGUCCAAAGAAGACUUUUUAAGGGCCGCGAAGUCUCUUGAAGGUGAUCGAGAUAUAGGUUCUCAGUUAUUCGUUUCUCUUCUUCGAUGUUUAGAUGUUCCUACACGUCUGGUUUUUUCUUUACAGACUCUGAGUUUCCGCUUUGUUGGUGCGUCCGCAGAAGGACAAAGUCCGCAAAUUAGUACUGAUUCCUCUCCUCAAGAUAGUUUGGAAUAUCUCUUUUCACCAAAUGCUUCUCCUGCCGAUUCAACGGCUUCGAAACGUAGAAGAACACUGAAGCCAAGUUUUUCAUCUUCUUCUGUGGUUCGUGCAUCACCCGGCUUCCAUCAGCCACAACUUAUUGAUUCUUCAAAGCCCGUUUUUUGGGCCGAAGUAUUCAAUACCUCAAUGCAGAAAUGGGUUUGCAUUGAUCCGUUCGGUGAUGCCUCUUCUGUGGGUAAACCAAGCCGUUUCGAACCAUCUACUUCUGAUUCAUUAAACCAAAUGACUUAUGUAUUUGCAGUUGAUUCCGGUGGAUAUCUGAAAGAUGUUACGAGGCGGUAUACCUCGCGGUAUUAUCGUAUCAUGAGGAAUCGACUUGAAAUAGUUCCUUUUGGUAGUGAUUGGUUAAAUAUGUUUUUAUCCAAGUUAAAGAAGCCCCAAGAUGUGUAUAUGGAUAGUGAUGCCAUAGAGGAUGCAGAAUUAUUGAGACUAGAACAAGCAGAAGGGAUUCCAAAAAAUAUUCAAGACCUUAAGGAUCAUCCGGUGUUCGCUAUUGAAAGACAUCUACGAAAAAACGAAGUUAUUGAACCCAAGAAAUCAUGCGGAAGAAUAUCCACUAACAAGGGGGUAGAAUUAGUUUAUCCCAGGAAAUAUGUUAAACUCGUUUUUUCUGCUGACCGUUGGUAUCGCAAAGGUCGUAUCGUAAAACCUAGAGUCCAACCUUUGAAGUACGUUAAAGAUAAAACAAAGGGAACCAUUCCUUUGUAUGGUGAAGAUCAAACAGAUCUUUAUACACCUAAGCCUGUCGUAGCCGAUAUUGUCCCAAAAAAUACUUAUGGAAACAUAGACUUAUAUACAUCGAAUAUGUUACCCUAUGGUGCUUAUCAUUCUACUCAUGCCUUUGCUGAAAAGUCUGCUAAAUUGCUAGAAAUUGACUAUGCUCGUGCUGUAACAAGCUUUGAUUUCCAUAAACGUAUGUCUCGACCUCACUACGACGGCAUUGUUGUUUCGAAAAAGUUCAAAGAAGCGUUACUUCAGGUUGCAGGUGGUAUAGAAUGGAUGCAAGAAGAAGAAAACUACAAGCAAGACUUUAAAAUGGGAGUUCAGCUAUGGAAACGUAUGUUAUCUGGAUUAAGAAUACGGCAGCGCAUUAUGGAAGAAUAUGGCUAA